UCUAAAAUAUUAUUGUUAUAAAUAAUGUUGUUCUUAAUAAAGAAAUGAGUUUCAUUUGUACGGGGCAGUACAAAAUUACAAUUAAAAUGAAAACAUUAUUAUCUAAGGCAAACUUUUCAGAUUUUUCAUUUGUACCGAAAUGUAAACCAGUAAAAGAUCCAGAUGUAUUGAGAUUAAAAGAAUUCAUCAAUAGCCACAAUAAAAUAUGUAUCUUAACAGGAGCAGGAAUUUCUACAGAAAGUGGAAUUCCUGAUUAUAGAUCAGAAGGUGUUGGACUUUAUGCAAGAAGUACUAGAAGACCUGUGUUAUAUAAAGACUUUUGUGCAAGUGAAACCAUUAGACAACGUUAUUGGGCUAGAAAUUAUGUUGGUUGGCCAAGGUUUUCAUCUGUGAAACCAAAUAUUACUCAUGAGAUAUUAAAGGAAUUAGAAAAUGCAAAUAAAGUAAGAUGCAUUGUUACCCAAAAUGUGGACAAUUUACAUACAAAAGCUGGUAGCAGGAGAGUCAUUGAAUUACAUGGAACUGCAUUUAAAGUAAUGUGUCUUAAUUGUGACCAAAGAAUAUGUAGGUAUCAUCUACAAGAUAUUCUUGAUCACAUGAAUCCAAAUAUGACAGUAACUACUCAAAUGAUAAGACCUGAUGGGGAUGUAGAUCUAUCACAGGAACAAGUGGAUGGUUUUAAUGUUCCAUCCUGUGAAAACUGUGGUGGCAUUCUGAAACCUGAUAUCAUCUUUUUCGGUGAUAAUGUACCACGUCAAAUAGUAGAAAGUGUGAAAUACAAUGUGAAACAUUCAGAUUCCCUACUGGUUUUAGGAAGUACAUUAACUACAUUCUCUGGUUAUCGCAUAGUAUUGCAAGCCAAGAACGCUGGAUUACCUAUAGCCAUAUUGAAUAUUGGUAAAACCAGAGCAGAUAAUUUUGCGGACAUUAAAGUAAACGGUAGAUGCGGUGAUGUUCUUUCAAGAAUUUUUAUGAGUUUCCCUCCAUCACGCUCGGCGUCCCUCUAG